AUGUCGACGGAGUGGGAUCGUCCGGACGAAGACGACAACUUUGACGGUUGGAAUGAGGCGAGUGUGCCUGCUCGCGCGCUCUUUCCUGAAUGGGAUGCACGAUUCGAUAGCGCUGAGAAAGCGCUGGAGCAUGCGAGAGCUCAGGGAUGUGAUUUGCAUGCCCUCGUGUCGCGUCUGCACUUGGAUGCAUUCCAGGUCAUCCGUCUUAUCAACUAUAUCCGGCGUCCAACGACACAGCCACGACCUACGCCUGAGUCUAUCAUGUCUCUGACCGGCCAUGAAGCGUUUCUUACAGACGACAACGAAAUGAAGCCUGUGCCGGGGUACGAAGAAGAUGGAUUGCUACAGUACGACCUUGCCGAGGAGUCGGAGCGCAUGGACACAGCCACAGAGCUCAGGAUUUUGCGUGAGGCCUACGAUGAGCUGCGUCACCGGUAUGCGGAGCGCUUUGGCAUCACAGCGGCCGUGGCUCAGGAUGCAGCUGCCGAGCAAGUGUCUGCGCCAGCGCCACAGCCGAUCGACCGCCACUACUUUGAAAGCUACGCUGGUCACGAUAUCCACCAGACUAUGAUUGGAGACUCUGUGCGCACGCUCUCGUACGCCAAGUUUCUGCUUUCGCCAGCCAAUGCGCAUCUGAUCCGCGGAAAGACUGUCAUGGAUGUCGGCUGUGGAUCGGGCAUUCUGAGUCUGUUUUGUGCGCGAGCCGGGGCGAAGCAAGUGCUGGCCAUCGAUGCAAGCGAUGUGGUGGAGCGUGCGCGCGCGAAUAUCGAGGACAAUGGAUUCGGGCAUGUCGUUCGUGUGUUUCGUGGACGUAUCGAGGCCCUGGACGAGGUGCUAGCGCCAUGGGCCAGCAAGGUCGAUCUGAUUGUGAGUGAGUGGAUGGGCUACUUUUUGCUGUACGAGUCCAUGUUGCCGUCUGUGCUGUACGCACGCGACCGCUACUUGCGUGAAGGAGGCAUUCUUGCGCCGUCGCAUUCACGUAUGGUGCUCGCUGCCGCGACGGAUCGUGGUGUCCUGUGUGAGCGCUCGCGCUUUUGGAGCGAUGUGUACGGUUUUCGCAUGCCGAGUAUGACUCAAGGCCUGUCAUCCGAGGCUGCAACAGAGGACGUGGAAGCUGACGCGAUUGUAAGUGACGUCGCGACCAUCUGUGACCUACCGCUCGAGCAGAUUCCUGUUGCGCAGCCAUCGUUCACCGCGCCGUUUUCCUUGCAUGUCAAGGAGGCAUGCAAGGUGCAUGGCUUUGUGUCGUGGUUUGAUACAUGGUUUGCACCGACACCACACGUGGCAUUCGACGAUCUGCCUCCCGUGACGGUGUCACCCGUCCAGCCUAGUGACGUCCAUGGCCUCGAUUUGCAUGGCAAUGAAGUGGUAGAAGCGUCCGAGGCGACGCACGGCGAGACGGUCUCAUUUACCACGUCGCCCUUUGGCAAGCCCACGCACUGGAAGCAGACCAUCUUUUUGCUCAAGACACCCAUCGAGGUCCAGGCCGGCACAUGCAUCGAGGGCGAGAUUCGUGUAUAUGCCUCGUCUGCGAACGAGCGUGAACUCGAUGUCGAUCUCCAUUACUCGGCAGACGAGCGGCCGUCGACGGGCGAGAAGCGUGUGGCGACGCGCACGACGCAGGUGUACUCGGUGCGCUAG